AUGGAGUUGCUGCUGUUGCUGCACAACUUGGAGGUCCUGGAGCUCACAGGCGACUCAGCUGGCCACAUAAGUUUGCCAGCGCAGCUGAGCUGGCCAGCCUUGCGUGAGCUGAGGAUCAAGGAUUUUGAGAUGCUGGAAGCCACUGACCUGGCCUGCCCAUCCCUGGAGAAGCUCUGCCUCAAUGGGUUCAUGUGCCUCGCCCUGCCCACAGGCCUGGCCGCAUCCCCCCGCCUCUCUGUCCUAGAUCUCUCCGGCCCCACAGACACAAUCAUCCCCAAGGCAGACCUGCUGGCCAUCCUUGAGGGCGUGCAAGCCUCCCUGGAGGAUCUCACAAUCCAGGGGUGGGAGCUCGAAGCUUUACCUGCGUGGUUUCCCAUGCUGCCGCGGCUGCACACGCUGUGCAUCGCAGACAGCCAGCUCAGCGUUGUGCCAAAUCUCCCAGCCUCGCUGAGAUCCCUGGACCUGCAAGGGAACGCCCUCACUGAGGUGCCAGCGGCGCUGGAGGCGAUGACUCAGCUCACAUAUCUGGCGCUGGGCUCGCGGGCAGGGGAGAGAACGUUCCAGAUCUCGCGGUCCCUGGAUGGGCUUAUUAAUCUGCCAAAUUUGGAGGUCCUGUCACUGGCGCCAGAAUUGGAGCAGCCGUUGGGCAAGCGGGAGAUCUGGACCCCCCAAUCGCUGCAGUACCUGGGGCUUGCACAGCAUAAGCUCUUCAACAGCGGCAGCAAGCUGCAGCUGAACUUCUGA